AUUUUAACAAAUAAGUCGACAUUUGACAUUUUUAUUUAUUUUUUUUCUUAGUGGCAGAAACAAAGCUUCCACAUAAACCUCAGUAUAACCUCACUUCUAGAUUUUCAGUUGAAACAAAUAUUUUAAAACAAGCAAACAAAGACGUAUAUACAUUUUUAUCAAUUUGUGUAUUUUGUUCCCAUAACUGUCGUAGUAUUGAUGGAAGAACUGCAAUUUAAAAAAUGUGUAGCUGAGAAAAUGAAGGUCAUAAUUUUAAACAAACCUGUACCGAGUACUUCUUUGUACAAAAUGCAGAUGUCAUGACGUCUGACUUCUCAUGAGUCAGAAACGGUGUGAUUAGUGUCUCAGCUGGUGUGAUCCCAUCUCAGCAUGGGUUCUAGUACCUACUUGCAAAUGGCAAAUCGCUAAUUCAAAUAGAUUUGGUUAGUAGAAUAUUGAGUCAUUAAAUAUUUGUUGCUGGUGGAAAAAUUUUCAUUAACAGAGCAGUGCUUCUGAAUAAUGGUCUGACUUGCUAACGCAGAGAAACAAAUUUGGAUUUUGCCACUCGUGUGCAAUAUUUCACACUGAUUUAUGGAACUGCCCAAAGAUUAUCCAUCAUGUUGCUCCCUGAAGAAAAAAACCCCCAAUCAUAUCAAGCAUUGUUUUCUCUUUUGUGCUUAGAGCAAUCACAGUCAAUCAUUUACUGUUACGCAUAAUUAAUCAAGGAAAAGCUGGUCGUUUGGGAGAUGCUCCUGACAACUCGUGUCAACAAACAAAGUCCUGUGUACAGAGGCUGUCAUGGAUACACGCGCUAAAAGGCUGUAUGCUGAAAAAGGUGUUAUCAAAGCUGCGUGAUACUACAUGAAAUGAGAUGGGCAUCCUCAGUGCACAGGAGAGGGUUUCUGCAUCAAGCCACAACAGGUUGAGCUGCCAUCUUUGUGUGAAAAUCUAUCUUCAACACGUGGGCAGACGUGUGGAGUGUAACAUCUCCCAAACAGAGAGGAGCAUUAACUUGGAUAGGAAGACGCUACAGGAUGUUUAGGGGUUCAAGUCCAUUUUCUCCCGCAGACCUGAAUAUGUGGGACACCAAAUCUCGCUUUACAGGCCAGACAUCAGCAUGGUGUGGUAUGGCAUCUGUAUCAGGAUCAGGCUUUCUGUCCAAAGUCAGCACAAGUGCUGGUGGCUCCAGGCAAAAUGACCCAGGUCUAAGGAGGUGGCAAUCAUUGUCCCAUCUGGGGCCUGAGAGUCCCACACGAUCAUUAGGGGCUGAGUUAAGGGCUGCCCGGGAUGGAAGUAGCUUCAGACAAACAGAAGUAGUGCACUGGCUGCAGGAGGCUCACGAGCGACUUGAGUCUCAACUGGACUGGCUGAAGACCAGAGACACGUUGAGCUACAACGCAGCUAUUGCACAGCUGCCUGGCAGGCUACCACAAAUGAUGAAGGGCCUCGAGGGCGAGAAGAAGGCUGCUGUAUCACCUGAAAAUGAAAAAAAGCAGACAAUGCAGAGAACUCUGUGAAAAGGUCUUAAAUCUGGAGAAGGAUUUGUUACAAAUGAGGUCUGCUCUGGACAGAGGAAGCAUCGAUCAAUCAACUGAGAGAGCUCCAGGCUCGUUCAACAGAACAUUACCAGAGAAGCAGAAAGUUGGCACAGAGAUGCUGGAGUGGAGAGAGGCUCUGAAAGAGGCUGAGACUAAGGCAAAGACACUAGAAGAAGAGCGUAACAAGGCACUCCAACAGCUUCAAGCGUCUAUUGAGAUGCAGAGGACGCUGUUGAGUCAAAUAGAGGAGACGGACAAGAAGCUCAGCCACACUGCACAGGAUCAUUCUGAACUGCAGAAAGAGCUGAGCGAAGCCAACAACAAGAUCAGCCAAGCAUGCCUGGAAAAGGCCAUCUUAUCAACUCAAGUGUUAAAGUUGGAGGACAAUAUAAAAGAAAUAAAGGCCAAACUGACUGAGGCUCUGUGUGACAAAGAUCACCUGAUACAGGAGAAGACAAAUCUUCUCCAGAGGGUUCAAGUCCUGGAGAUGCAGACUCACAACAAACAGGAGCAGAAAGAUGUUGUGGUGAAGGAAGAAUCAAAGGCUCUCAGAGAGGAAAAUGAAAAAAUAAGAGGAGAGCUUGAAAUGAUCAAGAAGAGGCUGGAGAUAUCACACCAUGAGCUACAGGAGCUAACAGAUGAGAAAAUCGUAAACACCAAACAGGUCACAGAUCUGGAGGCGCGGUGCUCUCAGCUGAUCAGAGAAAAAGAGGAACUGCAGAGUGAAAUUAAAGGCAGAUUAGAAGAAAUGCAGGAAAAGUGCUGUGAGCACAGGGAAUCUGUGGAAGUCUUGGAAUCAGAAAACCAGAAACUGAGGAAUCAGUGUCUGCGUUUGGAGGGUGAGGUGUUUGAGAGGGAGAAGCGGGAGGAAGAGUAUCGCAAACAAGAUGUGGUAAAGGUCCAGACCAUCGAGGAACUAAAGGCUGUGGCCUCACAUUGGACAGAGAAAUGGCAAAAGGUGGCUUUGACCCUGCAGUCUACACAAGAGGAGUUAGAGGAGUUAAAGAAGAACUCAAGAAAUAAAGGAGGAUGUGACUCGCUGCUCAGGGAUGAGCUUGAAAAGCUGGAGCUGGAAAGGAGCAAGAGCCAGGCACGUCUUCACAGAGAUAAGGACAAAGGUAAAGGUGAAGGGGGCCAGACUCCAGACAAAGGGACAGAGACAUGCUUAUCAGAAUCCUCUUUGUUAUGGGACUCCGAGAGCCACCCAAACAAAUCCCUUCAGGUCAGCAUCCAAAGCAGCGAGGUUCAAAGACUGAAGCAAAAACUUGCAGACAGAGAGAAAGAACUGAGUGAAAAAGAACAUGCUUUAAAGACUCUAGAAAGGCUGAGAGAGAUGGAAAAAAAUGAGGCUAAAAUCAAGAUUUCUGCCCUGGAGCUCAAGCUCAUGAAAAAGGUUCCCAAAGAUGGCCAAGCUCAGGGAAGCCUUCUAACAGACAUCUUCACUCGUGACUCAGAGGAGAUUCCAGGGAAGGUGAACCAAGUCCUCCCAAGCUCGAAGCUUCAAACCCGGAGGCAGUUUUCUGAGGUUGAAGAUGGGAAACCUUCUGUCCAAGGCCAAAGGGGCAAAACGAUCUGUACGCUUAAUGUAGACACAGAGCAGCAAAGGAGACUGGUCACUGAGCAGUUAAAGAGUUUAUUUAAAGAACGAGAGGGAAAGGAGGCCCAGGAGGGUAACAGCAAUGGAGCUUCUUCACCUCAAGACUGGACACCCACAGUUAAACUUAUUAGGGCUGCAGUGGACAGGAGAAACUGGCAACAAACGUCGGGUUUGAUGCCAGUGUUUGAGGAGGAUGAGGAGGAGAUUAACAGCUCUCCUGCAGAGGAGGAGGAGGAGGGAGAGGCAGGAGAGGAGACCCAUGAUGAAAACCUCCUUGAUCAGAAACAGCAGAUCUCAGCUAUGACCGCAGAAAUCAACAGUCUGAAGGCAAAAAAUGACAGCCUGCUGCAAGCCUUAAAGUCGAAGAGGUCAAUCUGGGACCGUAGCCCCCCCCAAAAGCUCUCAGAUAAGUCUUCUCAGUAUUCAGAUGAAUAUGGCCCAGAGUGGAAGAGGACACUUCCCCUCUAUCCUGAUGGAGUAUUCCUGGCUGAGCUUGUACACAUCUGUAGCCCUGAUGAAGAGGAGGGAGAGGUUAAAUGACGUAUUUGUGAAGACUCCAGCCAGCUUUAUUCCUGUCACUUCACAGAAAAUGAUUGUUCCAUUCAAAUUGUAAUAUUUUAUUGUAUCGUUGUUACAGAAAAUCAUUAAGCGGAACCACAACAGCAAUAAUUUUAGCAUUUUUAGCUGAUAAAAUCCCUCCAGGAUUCUUUAGGCAAAUCUGUGUGUGUUUUUAUUUAUAUGACAUGAGAUGAUUCAUCAUCAUCAUUAAUAUUAUUUUUACAUCCAGAAAGAUACUUAAAAGAAAUAUUUAAAGAACUGUGAAAUGACGGUGAAUAUGUACUCACACAUCAUGCCAGAUGGCAGAAAGAUUUUUAGUGACAUGGACCAAAUACAUCUGUAUUGUAAAGACCGUAGUGUUCAGUUAAAAUGUUUUGGGUAUAGAAACCAAAUGGAUACAAGACUGCACAAUUAAAAAGUUUAUUCUGGG